AGGAAGCCGGACAGGACCGCGUAACACCCGGAGACAUCGUGGACACACCUCAUCCCGUCGGUGAGAAGGUUUGUCCGCCAUGAAGCUGUCCAACACUCGCCCCUCCCGAGUGGGAAGAAACCCCUUCGUCCACAAGCUGAGAUUCACCAUGACAGAGAAGAUCAAGAUCGGAUUGAUGUCGGUCACAGUGUUUCCCGUGCGGCUGCUGCUGGUGUCCUUCUUCAUGCUGUUGGCGUGGCCCUUCGCCUUCGCAGCCUCCCUGGGACGCUCUGAGUUUGUCCUGGAGCCACAGCCAUGGUGGAGGAGGUUUAUAGAUCUGUGUUUACGGGUGGUCAUGCGAGCCAUGUGGUUUUGCGGAGGGUUCCACUGGAUCAAGGUGAAAGGGGAACGCGCAGCGCCCUCUGAGGUUCCCAUCCUUGCCGCGGCGCCGCACUCCUCCUACUUCGAUGCCAUCCCCGUCACCAUGACCAUGUGCUCCAUCGUCGCCAAACUGGAGAGCGGGAGCAUUCCCAUCUGGGGCACUCUGAUCAACUACAUCAGGCCAGUGUAUGUGUUUCGGUCCGACCAGGACUCCAGGAGAAAAACUGUAGAGGAAAUAAAGAGGAGAGCGCAGUCUGGAGGGGAGUGGCCUCAGAUCAUGAUAUUUCCAGAGGGGACAUGCACCAACAGGUCGGGUCUCAUCUUAUUCAAGGCUGGUGCUUUUAUUCCUGGACUCCCAGUGCAACCAGUGGUGCUACGCUACCCAAACAAACUGGAUACUGUUACAUGGACAUGGCAAGGUCCCGCAGCGUUCAAGAUCCUAUGGCUCACUCUGUGUCAGCCUCAUAAUCCUAUGGAGAUCGAGUAUUUGCCUGUUUACACUCCAUCAAACGAGGAGAAGGAAAACCCAGCCUUGUUUGCCAAUAAUGUCAGAAAGCUCAUGGCCAAGGCAUUGGAGCUGCCACUCACAGACCUGUCAUUCGAUGACCGUGACAUCAGCCUAUCAGAAGGCCCGCUGCGCAUUCGAAACAACAGCGUCCUGCGGGAGUUCAACCAACUGGUGUGUCGCUUGCGACUGAGAUCAGGAAGCAGAAACGAGCUGCUAGAAGAGCAGCCUAAGAGAGCCAGGAAGCUGCAGGAGGAGCGGCUGAGUUUAGAAGACUUCGCCCAGUUCCUCAACCUCCCAGUUACAGACACACUCACACAAGUCCACAGUUUCUUUGACCAGCGUGGAGAUGGACAGAUAGACAUCAGACACUUUGUUAUUGCGCUGUCCACUGUUCAUCAACCAUCAAAGUCAAUGGAGACCCUCAAACUGGCCUUCAAGAUGUAUGAGAGCGAGGAGGACGGACACGUCCAAGAGGAGGACCUCACCACCAUCUUGGAAAUUAUGCUGGGAGUGGAAGAGGUGGAGCUCUCGGGUCUGUUUUUAUCGCUCGACAGACCUGACACAGAAAGGAUCACAUACGAUGAACUUCGUCAUUUUAUAGUGCAGCAUCCUGACUUCGUCCUGGAACAUCUCGACUUUAAAGAUCAUCCACGCAAAUUCAGCCCCGUCCAACAGAAGAGCAACGGCCACAACCACGACAAAGACGACUGAAUGACGAGAAAUCCAACAGCUCUAUUUACCUUAUGUGUCUGAUGUAACAGCAUCUCCACAUGCUGCAGCUUGCCUAGCACCUCUGUGCCUUCACGUGCCAGUGGGGAGAAAAAUAAAGGUGUUAUGAAGUGUAACGAUGGAUCAGUGGACCACAGACGAUGGAAUCAGAAUUUCAGCUCCAUAAUGUCUUUCAUUUCUCCUCUGAACUUUUUUUUUUGUCCCUUCCUUAGUUUUAGUCUAACGAUAUAAAGAUUUUUAAGCUCUGUGAAUAUAAUAUUUAUUUUAAAUUUAUUUUCUUAUACAUGAAGUAAAGAUUUUAA